UAAUUGUGUUCCCUGCUCUCCUCCUUCCUCUGUGUGCAUGCAGUCAUCUGGGGAUCUGGAGAAUGACGAGCAGGCAGCCAGUGCCAUCUCUGAGCUGGUCAGCACAGCCUGUGGGUUCCGACUGCACCACAGCUCAAAUAUACCCUUCAAACGCCUUUCUGUGGUCUUUGGAGAACACACUCUGCUGGUGACUGUGUCAGGACAAAGAGUGUUUGUGGUGAAGAGGCAGAACCGAGGCCGGGAGCCCAUUGAUGUCUGAGCCUGCCAGAUGGCAAGGCACACAGGUGGACUGGGUCCAGGAGCCUCUGUGAUGGGAGGAUGCAAAUCUCCACCUCUUUUGUGGCCUGCUGCUCACCCUCUUCCCCACCACUACCUGGAAGGACAGAGGCUUGGGGACUUCAUGCUGUGUUAAGGAACCAUGUUAAGAAGCUUGAGGGCAAGAGGACCUCCCUCUUCCCUCCCUCCUUCUUAAUAAACAUGAGUAUGAUGUU